CUGACCAGGAGCACCAGCAGCAUGUGGCAGCAGCAGCAGCAGUGGUGGCCAGGCCUCGGCCGCAGGCGGAGGAGCGCGCAGAUGGAAUGCCGCGGCGCCGCAGGAACAUGGGGAACAGGCUGAUAGCCCAGCGCAGGGCACAGCAGGCAGAAGAGUGGCAGGAAGAGGAAGAGGAAGCUGAGGAGGUGCCGGAAUUUCAGGUGUCUGCGAAAAUUGGAGCAAAAAAGCAGAGGAAAUUAGAAGAGAAACAAGCCAGAAAGGCACAGAGAGAGGCUGAAGAAGCAGAGAGAGAAGAAAGGAGAAAACUGGAGUCAAAAAGAGAGGAGGAAAGGAAGAAAGAAGAGGAGAGACAACGUCUGGAGGAGGAACGACAGGAAGAGGAAAAAAGGAAGGCAAAGGAAGAAGAGGAGAAGAGAGAAUAUGAAGAGUACCUGAAGCUUAAGGAGAGUUUUGUAGUUGAAGAAGAAGGGGUUGAAGAAUCAAUGACAGAGGAACAGUCUCGCAGCCUUCUUAUGGAAUUCCUGGAGUAUGUUAAGAAAACAAAAGUUAUCCAGCUGGAGGACUUGGCCUCACAUCUGGGUUUAAGAACACAGGAUGCAAUUAACAGAAUCCAGGACCUGAUGGCAGAUGGCACUCUGACAGGUGUGAUUGAUGACAGAGGAAAGUUCAUCUACAUCACUCCAGAGGAGAUGUCUGCAGUGGCUCGGUACAUCAAACGCCGAGGACGAGUCUCCAUCGCAGAGCUGGCCCAGGCCAGCAACUCCCUCAUCAACCUCCAGCCUGACAGCAGAGCUGCUGCUCCCACUGUGGCCUGAGGAGAACACAGCAGGAGGUUAACCUUUUAAUGAAUAAACCACAUAAUCAAAAGCAAACAGGAACCUCUCUAGUCCAUUUGCAGUGCUGGAGGAUAGGAUGCACUUUUGAAGCAUCAGCUGCAAGACUUACCAGAAGUUUUGCUUUUCAUUCUGUUAGAGCUGAUAUAAAAUAGGACAACUGAUUGUACCGCAGAGGCUGGUCAGGAACUUGGGGCUCAAACACUCUGAUCCAUCUGCACCCCAGAAAUACCAACAAUUUAUGCCUUGGCAGUCAGUCUCAUUUGACUAUACUUAAACUUUUUAUUGCUUCCAGA